GGUGAAGAGGCCACGACAAACAGGAAGCCCUUAACCAAGACACACGCCGAGAAAGAGGAGUGAGAGCGAGCAGCACUCUCAGCUGUCAAGAAAACGAAGGUACCGCUGAUAACAUCUGGGAGGAAGGAGGCCCUGCGCCGUGCUGGGCCUCUGAGCGGGACGUUAGAAGAAUUGUCUUUUUUAUCGACCAGCCUCCAAGGUGCUUUCCAGAAAUGGAUUAUCUUAUUUUCCUUCUGGCUAUUCUUCAUGUAUACAAAGCUCUGUGUGCAGAGAUAUUUUGGGACACAACUGUGAAACUUGCCGAGAAUACGACUCUAGAAUGCGUGUACCCAUUAGUGGGCACCUUCACCCAGGUGGAGUGGUUCAAGAUCAGCGCGACCGAGAGAGAGUCCAUAGCCAUUUUCAACCCUACUUAUGGCAUGGUCAUAAGGACACCCUAUGCUGAGAGGGUUUACUUUUUAAAUUCAAGCAUGGCCCUCAAUGACAUGACGCUGUCCUUUCAUAAUGCCUCUGAAGCUGAUGUUGGCUUCUACUCCUGCAUUCUCGAGACUUUCCCACAGGGAUCUUGGGAAAAGACGGUGCAAGUGGUUCCAUCAGAGAGUUUUGAGGUAGCUGUCUCAUCGAAUAGCCACGUGGUCUCAGAAUCCGGAAAAAAUGUCACUCUCACAUGUGAGCUUCCAAUGAAGCGGCCACUGCAGCAAGUGACCUGGGAAAAGAUCCAGUCCCAUCAGAUCGACCGCUUAACUAGCUGCAACUUGUCCCAAGGAAGGGGUCACACCUCGAAGUACCGAAGACAGGUCCUGAGCAACUGCAGCCAGUGGGUGACAAGGGCCUUCAUCACCCUGCCGCACGUCACGGCCCGGGACGCGGGACUGUACCGCUGUUCCUCCAAGGCCAGCUCAGGAGACAACGAGACUUUCGUGAUCAGGUUGGCCGUGACCGAUGGUAAGACUGAUAACCAAUACAUCCACUUCAUGGCCGGAGGGACGGUAUUAUUGUUGCUGUUUGUUAUCAUAAUUGCCACCAUCAUUGUUCUUUAUAACAGAAGGAGGAGACAGAAAAGGGCCCGGUUUGAAGAGUCCUGGGAGACACAGAACAAGGCAACCAGCAAUGACAGGAGUCCCAUCUCUGCCAGCCAACCGUCGGAUGGUGCAGGAGAGGAUAUUUAUGUCAACUACCCAACCUUCUCUCGUAGGCCAAAGACCAGAAUCUAAGCUUUUUCCUCGAUCUGAGCUCAUUUGUGAGGACAAUUACAUAUACGGAUCCUUAUGCAAUUUCUUCCCACUACGCAGUGUCUACCCUGAACACCGGUUGGCCGAAUAUAAUUUAUUUGAUAAGAAAAAUACUACAUUACUUAGAGGACAUUCUUAACAGAAAUGGUUCAGAAAUAUCUGACUCUAACUAGCUGGUACACAAAAGGAAACUUAACUGAAUCAUGUAACAGGACAAUCAAGGACAGAUCAAGCUUCAGCCUGGGGUUGGGUACCAGGGCUUGAAUGUCGUGUCUGAAAUGAAACAGGCGUAAACCAGUUUCAGGAUUCCCUUCCACGCGCUGGAUCCACUUUUUUUGUUGGUAGCCUAACGCUCAUUCAGACUUUCUCUUGUGUUUCCGAGAUGGCUGCCAACAACUUCGGACAAUUCAUUAAUCCUUGUUUCUGUCUAGUAGAGAGUUCACUAAUUUGACAGAGCAAACACAUUUGGUUAUUUGUCUAUCAUUAAACAGGUAUCAUGGCCAGUAAGGAUGAAAUGGCUUCAGUCAAUUAACUGUUCACCUAAAGGGCGAGGAGCGGGGCCAAAACGCAUUGCUGAGAAAUUCAGAGUAUUAUCCCUGGCCCAGUAUUAUGAGCAAGUGUCGUAGGCAGUCCCAUAAUAACUCAGUGUUUUUGAUAUUAACUUUUUCCUACUUUUGAGAAUUAAUUUGCAUAUAUACAUUUUCUCAAAAAGG